AUGUCAAACAACUCGGGCCAUCUGAACUUAGCCAAGUUUGCGUUCAAUAUAUAUGGCACGUUAAACAACCUGUCAUCUCUUGAUAACAGCUCCAACCAUUCACCCCCAUCUUCUCUGAGUUCCACUAGAUCAAAAAUCGGGUAUUUGAGAUCUUCAGUGGCUGAUAAUUUGACGUAUAAUUGUGAAAGAGAAGUCAAUUGCUUGACCGAAUUGGAGUUUGUGAACAAUCUGGGAUUUAUCAACAAUGUGGUGAUUGGGGGGAAGAAUUACUUGAAGUUGUUGAUGUUGAAUGCCGAUCAAACGUCCAUAUUAAACGAGGCCAAUGUCCUAGAAGCAUUGUCAAAUCCUGCUUCAAGACUACCAGGAAGUAACAAACUCCACAACUUCAACACCAUCAAGAGUUACUCCAAUACUAUUGCCGGUGGAAUGGUGAAUGGAAGCUUGACGCUAUUCCAGGUGCAGAAUAAUGGUAAAUCAAGAGCAAUGAAGAGAUUAACCGACCAUACAAGAUGUAUAAACUCAUUGGAUUUCCUAGACCCCCUGAACAGCGAUAUGUCAUCCAACUUUUUGAUCUCGGGAUCUCAAGAUGGUUCCAUCAAGUUGUGGGAUUUGAGGCAGUCGAAUAACAAACCAUCAGUGAAUAUCGUUCCUAAGAGUAAUUACGAUUCAGUGAGGUCUUGUCAAUUCUCAAACCAUUCUUUGGUAAAGAACAAAUUGGUCAUUUUGUCGGUGCAUGAUUCCGGAACUUUGAACAAAUACGACUUGAGAUCGAUACACCAGUCCACACAAUCAUCGGUUGUUCCUGAACGUAAAUGGAACUUCCACACGGGCCCAGCAUUAUCUUUGAACAUUCAUCCGGAGAAAGAGUAUGUGAUUACCUGUGGAAGAGAUCAAAAAGUGUGUGUAUGGAACUACGGAGAAAACCAAAACAAUUACAGUAAUACUUCUCCGGAGCAUGUUAUCAACACGUAUGGCCCGGUGAUGAAGGUUAGAUGGUGUCCAUACUCGAAUCCCUCAAAGAAUAACGACGAGGAUGUGCUAUACGAUGACAGAGACUUGAACACAUCAAACAACCCCUUGUUCAAAUACGACUUUGCUUGUCUGUACUUGAAUGAGGAUCCUACGAUCACUGUGUUUAACUUGAAGAGAAAGUACAUUCCCAAAGAAAUAGUAACUUCAAACUCUAAGAGGCCUUACCUCAAUUUCAUCUGGGCCAACAACUUGAAUGGUAAAAGACGAUUGUGGACUUUAACAAAGGGUAAUCAAUUCAUGUCUCGAUGUUUAGACUCCUUUCUGGAAUAUGAUAACAUUACCAGACCAAAAGAGCUCCUCAAUCCCGUGUCUCAAGCUUGGGGAACCAGCAUUGGAGAUAUAUCCUUCAUCAACCAGGAAGAAAAUGAAUUUGAAAAUACAGAGCCUUUGGAAAAGAUGAGCAGUGAGGCUUUCUUUGAUACCAUAUAUGAUUCUGAAGUUGAUACGAACGAAGCGAAUGACCCCAAUGACUAUAACAAAGUGAUUAUUGGUUCUUAUCAAAGUAGCUUCAACAGCCCUCCGAACUCAUCUCUUGCAACGUCACCGAUCGAACAAGCUCCUCAUAGCAGACCGGCUCUAUUCCGAUCUGCCACUUAUAACAAUGCUGGAUUCCCGGCAAAAGCUACUCUGUCUUCUCCACAACUAAGGAACUCCUUGAGCUCCUACAACAUAUACGAUCUGCCGUUAUCAAGAAGACCAACCAUGGGCAGGAAUCCAUCCCAAACCACCAUAGAUUCAAAUCCUUCAAUGGGAUCACCGGUCAAUAGGCUGGAUUUCAACCCAGAUACAAAACGAGCCAUACUGAUUCACUACGCUUCUCCUUACAUUGUCCCAGUAUCAUUGGCACUUCCUUUGAAUGACGAUAUAGUAUUUGAGACCUUAUCAAAUAACUACAUUUUGACAAUUCCCGAUGGUUUUUCGUUGGUGGAUGUGUGUCUCUUAAAUGCUAGUGUUGCUGGAAGUGUCAAUAGAUUCAGAGAUUGUCAAAUAUGGAGAAUGUUGGCGGUUGGGUUGGGACAGCAUGUUGAUGGAGUUUUGAAUGAUGAUGCGGUGGAUGUUAACCACUAUAGUAAUGGUGAUACAGCUACUGAACCUGACGAUAAUAAUGACAACAAAUCGAUCCUUUCAGAUUAUGGAAAUUUUAUAGGCUCAUACAACUCGAACUCAACUCUGACCACACAUUAUGGAGGUUCUGAGCUGACAUCCGAGAAGAGGUCGGCCAACCCUAGAUCUUGGUCGGAGACAAAGAAUUCUUCAUCGAACAACUUGCUUGAUAUGAUAAACCAGAAUAGAAACAAUUCUAUUGUUAAUGCUAUCAGUAUUAGUCCAAAAGGAAAUGAGCGGUUCAAACAAUACAGUCCUUCUCCCAAAAAUUUGUCGCUUUUGAGUAGAACUAAACCCAAACGUGGUUCUUCCUUCACUCAAGCGUCAAAAGAACAAGAUAUGGAUUUGGACAAUGAGAAUUUGAACGUCAUGAAUAAUGCCAUCAGCAGUUCAUUCUCUUCAUCAGCAAUGUCUGCAGCUCAUACCCCAGACAAUAGAAGCACAUAUGGUUCCAAUAAUUAUGUGGGAAGCUUUAAGAGUAGAAGAUCAUCUUCUAUUGCUCCAACGUACGGAUUUUCAAAGAACAGAACUUUCGAUCAGGGAUUGCCUGAGGUUGAUGAAGUCAUAUCCAACCACAGUAGUAGGAUGGGCGACUCUUUCAAAGAAUCUGGGUUGACAAGGGCUAUUGAAGGCAUCAAAGAGAAACCUAAAGAUAGCAAUUACCUAGAGGUACCAUGGACUAUAACUAAAUUGUUGCAAAAGGCUUUGGAGCAUGCGACUUUACAAGGGGACGUUAUAUUCUGCUCUACCUUAUGUUUAUUGUUUUUCCCCUUUACCAAAUCGUUGGGACUAAGGUUUCUCAAAAACAACUAUUGUUUAGAGUGGUUGUCUCUCUACAUCGAGAUUCUUCAAAAAAAAAGAUUGUAUGUUAAUGCUAUGAAUAUUCUUAAUGAUUCUCCCAGAGAGUUACAAGAAAAACUCCUUACAUUAUAUCACACCGACACCUUGAAGUUAUAUUGCCAAAAUUGUAACAGCUUAAUUGUCAAUGAAGAAGCUAAGAUGAAAUUCAACCAAGGAAACACAAAAGUUUUUGGAUACUGGUACUGCGAGCAGUGUAAGAGUAAGCAACUGAAUUGUGUUUAUUGUAAUGAACCAUGUCAGGGGUUGAAUGUAGUUGUCAGUUUAAAUUGUGGACACAGAGGACACUUUGGAUGUCUAAGAGAAUGGUUUGUUGACGGACAAAACCUAGAAUGCCCUGGGGGCUGUAAUGAACUUCUUUUCUAGGAGGUCAUAUCAAUAUAACAUCACCAAUGUUCAAAUAUCCACUAAUUAGACCAUAUUUCACCACAAACACCGCAUCUUUCUCCAACUGUAAUUCAUCUUCAUCUUCAAGAGGAAUUGUGAUAGUCUCAUCUCGAAGCACCUUGAUAAAUACCAUCUCAUCCACAUCGGGCGUGGUAACCAUUGAGAUAUCUGAUUCAACCUCAUCCAAGUAGGUUAAUUCUCUGGGGAUUUUUUUUAAUAUAGAAUUAUUGUAAAGACUCUGUAAGAGACCCAUGUACUUCGUCAAGUACUCUUGUUCUUCAUCUGAUAGAAGAGUUGCUUUCGUGUCAUCACGUUCUCCCGUAAGUCUGAUAUAGUGAAUGGUGAAGGUUUCAAGCUUUGAAAGCCUAACUCUCAAAUAAAGUCUUACUAAAUAACUUAACCUCUCGAUAUCAGUUUCCAUUAUCAUCAACUGCAAUUUAUAGUCACUAGUAAUGAUUCCUGAGUCGAUAUUCACGUCUCCGUAUUCAUGAGAAUCAAGCAAGAGUUGUUGCUGGUUGGUGAUCCUGGACAAUACCUCAUCUAGUAGAUCUUUCUGGUAAGGUAGAAUUUCUGGAGCCAUUCUCUCAUUCAACAUAACACGCGAUAGCAGAGUGUACAAGUCAACCUUGGGUUUCUGGGAGCGUUGACCAACUUCGGUGUCGAAGUUUCUGAGAAUAUCAUCGACUUCCAUGGUUAGUGGUAU